AUGGCAGCAUAUCAUAGUGGCAGCAAACCAGACUUCCUUCAAAUAUCACCACAUAACUUGGAAUCUUUCGUUGUGGAUCAUCUGCAGCCAACAACGGAGUAUAAUAGGGUUGCAGAAGAUCUGAUUGACAGACUGGUUAAUUACCUGCAGCACAAUGUUGGUUAUAGUGUGAAUCGUGUUGUUAAGUCUGGUUCCUUUGGAAAAGGAACUCAAGUGAAAGACUCGGCUGAUCUAGACUGCAUAAUGGUUAUCAACGAACUGAAUGGAUUAGACGAUCUCCUUCACCGCAGUAGAACUAUUAUUGGUAAUUUGAAGAAUGGCGUGGAAAAAGCCUCGUGGGCAUACUCUAUUCAGAAUGUGAAAACAACGCGUUUCGCUGUUCAGUUUGAUGUCACCACAAAAGCAGAUGGCAAAACAAAUACAAUGUCAGUUGAUCUUUUACCAACAUUCGAUGCACUGGGACAACAUUCAAGCCAAGAUCAAAGAUACCGUGCUUAUAACGAGGCAAUGACAUAUAUCGGAUCGGAUAAAGUAAACUACUAUUCUGUGGCACUAGGUCAGCUCCAAGUUGAUUUUGUUAGAGGUCAACCAACCCGCGUUAAAAACCUAAUAAGACUGGUAAAGUAUUGGAGAAAAGAAGUUAUGCUGAAAAAGGCUAAUCGUGAUUUCAUGUACCCAACAUCGUAUCCUAUGGAACUGAUAACCAUCUACACGUGGCAGAAUGCUGGAAAACAAGCAUCGUUUGAUAUGGCAGAAGCAUUUAAGGCAGUGUUAAUGCGGUUGAUGAAUUACUCGAGCCUAGACAUUGCUUGGUAUGAAAAUUAUAACCAGGCGCUAGCUGCUCAAGCAAAAUCGAAAAUGACAAGACCAAUCCUCUUGGACCCAGCAAAUCCCACCAACAACGUUUUCUCCUUAAGCAAUCCGCCUGCAUUGGAACACAUGUCCGAACUAGCACGUGAUACGAUGCAAAAACCAUUACUUCGCGGCGUGUCUAUCAACUAUCCGUGGAAUAAGUAA